GGCAUGUUCCAGGCAGCUCACCCGACUCCCUAGAUUACUAUGGGAUCGGUAGGGUCCUGAGCGUCGGAGAAGCAAGAAAGCAUAGCCCACGAAGAAGGGCCUGAACUCAGAAGAAAAAUCGAGAUCUGCUGGGGAUUUUUUUUUUUUUUUUUUUGGUCUUGGUUGUGCGAGGGAGGAAGAGAAAGUUGUGAGGCCCGGUCGAAAGUGAGGCAGCGCGAAGGCCCCCUCAGGCGGCGCCGAGGGCAGCCCCGGCAGCCGGGGCCUGGUGCAGCCGCCGCGGCCGCUGUCAGGGAAGCGCAGGCGGCCAAUGGAACCCGGGAGCUGCCGCUGCUGCUGAGGCGGCGGUGUCGGCAGCCCGACCCCGACCGCCCGCACCCCCUCCGCCGGGGUCCCCCGGAGAGCUGGGUCCACACUGCAUGAGAACAUGUUUGUUGAAUGCCAUCUAAAGCAGCAAAUUGAGAUUCUUUGAUUUGGGGAAGAAGUUUGAGAGGGACCUCUCAGUAACUGGCAUGAGACAAGAGAGGGCCUAGUUCAAGUGCAUUUGGAGCUUGCAGCAGGAAGGAACAAUUCAGAGAGAGCCUGGAAGCUCGAAGUCUGGCUGCGGCCAUGGGAGACACGGUAGUGGAGCCUGCCCCGCUGAAGCCAACUUCUGAGCCCACUCCUGGCCCAUCAGGGAACAAUGGGGGCUCCUUGCUAAGUGUCAUCACGGAGGGGGUCGGGGAACUAUCAGUGAUUGACCCUGAGGUGGCCCAGAAGGCCUGCCAGGAGGUGCUGGAGAAAGUCAAGCUUUUGCAUGGAGGCGUGGCCAUCUCUAGCAGAGGCACUCCACUGGAGUUGGUCAAUGGGGAUGGUGUGGACAGUGAGAUCCGUUGCCUGGACGACCCACCCUCCCAGAUAAGGGAGGAGGAAGAUGAGAUGGGGGCCACGGUGGCCUCGGGCACAGCCAAGGGAGCAAGAAGGCGGCGGCAGAACAACUCAGCCAAACAGUCUUGGCUGCUGAGGCUGUUUGAGUCAAAACUAUUUGACAUCUCCAUGGCCAUUUCAUACCUGUAUAACUCCAAGGAGCCUGGGGUGCAAGCGUACAUCGGCAACCGGCUCUUCUGCUUUCGUAAUGAGGACGUGGACUUCUAUCUGCCCCAGUUGCUUAACAUGUACAUUCACAUGGAUGAGGACGUGGGUGAUGCCAUCAAGCCCUACAUCGUCCACCGUUGCCGCCAGAGCAUUAACUUUUCUCUCCAGUGUGCCCUGUUGCUGGGGGCCUACUCUUCAGACAUGCACAUUUCCACUCAACGACACUCCCGCGGGACCAAGCUACGGAAGCUGAUCCUCUCAGAUGAGCUGAAGCCAGCUCACCGAAGGAGGGAGCUGCCCUCCUUGAGCCCAGCCCCUGACACAGGGCUGUCUCCCUCUAAAAGGACUCACCAGCGCUCUAAGUCAGAUGCCACCGCCAGCAUAAGUCUCAGCAGCAACCUGAAACGAACAGCCAGCAAUCCUAAAGUGGAGAAUGAGGAUGAGGAGCUCUCCUCCAGCACCGAGAGUAUUGAUAUUUCAUUCAGUUCCCCCGUCAGACUGGCUCCCGAGCGAGAAUUCAUCAAGUCCCUGAUGGCGAUUGGCAAGCGGCUGGCCACGCUCCCCACCAAGGAACAGAAAACACAGCGGCUGAUCUCAGAGCUCUCCCUGCUCAACCAUAAGCUCCCUGCCCGAGUCUGGCUGCCCACUGCUGGCUUUGACCACCACGUGGUCCGCGUGCCCCACACCCAGGCUGUUGUCCUCAACUCUAAGGACAAGGCUCCCUACCUGAUCUAUGUGGAAGUCCUCGAAUGUGAAAACUUCGACACCACCAACGUCCCCGCCCGGAUCCCGGAGAACCGAAUUCGUAGCACCCGGUCGGUAGAGAACCUGCCCGAAUGCGGCAUCACCCACGAGCAGCGGGCAGGCAGCUUCAGCACUGUGCCCAACUAUGACAACGAUGAUGAGGCCUGGUCGGUGGAUGACAUAGGCGAGCUGCAGGUGGAGCUCCCUGAAGUGCACACCAACAGCUGUGACAACAUCUCCCAGUUCUCCGUGGACAGCAUCACCAGCCAAGAGAGCAAGGAGCCUGUGUUCAUUGCAGCAGGUGACAUCCGACGGCGCCUUUCGGAGCAGCUGGCUCACACCCCCACAGCCUUCAAACGAGACCCAGAAGACCCUUCUGCAGUUGCUCUCAAAGAGCCCUGGCAGGAGAAAGUGCGGCGCAUUAGAGAGGGCUCCCCCUAUGGCCAUCUCCCCAAUUGGCGGCUCCUGUCAGUCAUUGUCAAGUGUGGGGAUGACCUUCGGCAGGAGCUGCUGGCCUUCCAGGUGUUGAAGCAACUGCAGUCCAUUUGGGAACAGGAGCGAGUACCCCUGUGGAUCAAGCCAUACAAGAUUCUUGUGAUUUCGGCCGACAGUGGCAUGAUUGAACCAGUGGUCAAUGCUGUGUCUAUCCACCAGGUGAAGAAACAGUCACAGCUCUCCUUGCUCGAUUACUUCCUGCAGGAGCAUGGCAGUUACACUACUGAGGCAUUCCUCAGUGCCCAGCGCAAUUUUGUGCAGAGUUGUGCUGGCUACUGCUUGGUCUGCUACCUGCUGCAAGUCAAGGACAGACACAAUGGGAAUAUCCUGUUGGACGCAGAAGGCCACAUCAUCCACAUCGACUUUGGCUUCAUCCUGUCCAGCUCACCCCGAAACCUGGGCUUUGAGACAUCAGCCUUUAAGCUGACCACAGAGUUUGUAGACGUGAUGGGCGGCCUGGAUGGCGACAUGUUCAACUACUACAAGAUGCUGAUGCUGCAGGGGCUGAUUGCUGCCCGGAAACACAUGGAUAAGGUGGUGCAGAUCGUGGAGAUCAUGCAGCAAGGUUCUCAGCUUCCUUGCUUCCAUGGCUCCAGUACCAUCCGCAACCUCAAGGAGAGGUUCCACAUGAGCAUGACUGAGGAGCAGCUCCAGCUGCUGGUGGAGCAGAUGGUGGACGGCAGCAUGCGGUCUAUCACCACCAAACUCUACGAUGGCUUCCAGUACCUCACCAACGGCAUCAUGUGACAUCCUCCUUCUCAGGCCCCGGAGCAGUGGGGGAUUCAGGGGACCCUCCCUGGGAAGGCCCUUGUCAGAGAAACCCUAAACCAGGAAGCCCUACCCACCCAGCCAUCCACCAAGGGAAAUGGAAGGCAAGAAAUACAGAGGAUCAUGUGGUAACUGUAGAGCUUGCCAGGGGGGUUGGGAGAACCAGCCGUGGGGUCCAGACUUGCUGGGGUUUCCCUGCUGCACCCCGCCAGCUGUGUCAGUAUUACCACCUGACAGACUCCAGGGCUCACUGCCCUCCAGAGAACAGAAGUGAUAAAUGUGAGGGACACUGGGGCCUUUCUUCUCCUCACUAGGGUUUGAGAGGUUUUUUCCGCAGGCCAUCCUCUUAAUGUGUCCUGGGUCCCAGGAAGGAGAAAAGAGUAGGUUCUUGGUACUAAGGACUUGAUCCUGUGGUUGGCCUUCGGCCAUGCUGCUGCCCAACUCUGUCACCUCCCAGGGACUGACCCCUAGCCCGAGUUCCCCUUGGUAGGUGGGCUUUGGCAUAGGGUCCUGCACUUGCUGAGGUUCCCCAUCCCAGGAGUGAGGAAGGGAAUGAUCACAGCCCCUCCAGUCUGAGGGUAUUGGCCUAGCCAUGGGGAAUUCCUUGCCCUUAUCCCUUCCCCACACCCAGGGAAAUAGCUCUGUUUUUUAUUUUUAAUUUUUGUUUGAAAUAAAGUCCUUAGUUAGCCA